UGGACUCUUUUGAUUUACCUGGAGAAUCAAAAGAGUCUACAAAAAACUACCAAGCCAUUACAUGUUUAAAGUCUACAAGUAAUCACCAAAAUUCGGGAGAAUCAAAAAAAUCUAGAACUACUGGGAGAAUCGAAAAAGUCCACCACCGGAAGAAUCGAAAGAGUCUACUAGGAGAAUUAAAAGAGAAUCAAAAGAGUCCACAAAGAACCACCAGUGCCAUUACAUGUUCUAAGUCGCAUGCUAUUUCAUGUCCUGAAAAGAAUUACAAGAGUCCGCAAAAAACUACCGAUGCCAUUAUAUACUCUAUAACGUACCAUUUUAUAUUUCAAAGAGCAAACCUAAAAGUGAAAGAAUGGUAUUCAAGCAAUCAAAAAUCUGGGAGAAUCAAAAGAGCCCAAAAUAAUCCCAAAAAUCAACAGGAACCUCAAAAGAUACCAAGAAAUGAAAAUCUAUCAUUAAACUUGUAA